UCAGGCGCAGCACGAAACCAGGCUCAAAACCCAGUAGCGAGCAAGCCGAGUGCAAGCUGAGCAAGCAUUUUGAUCACUAAUCGAGCAGCGAAGCCGAGCGAAGCAUGAAACUCCUCCUCUGCAGCCUCCUCUGCAGCCUCCUCUGCAGCACAGGGCUAGCAGCAAGCGCCGCCCCGCAAAAGCACCUCGUAGUGCUCGUCCACGGCCUCUCCGGCACCGCCGCAGAUCUCGGCUACCUCGCGCGCCGGCUCGAAGCGGACGCUAGCGUGCGCGUGCUCGCGUCGGGCGCGAACGAGCCCUUCCCGCGGACGCUCGACGGCGUCGACGCGGGCGGCGCGCGCGUCGCCGACGAGGUGCGGCAAGUGGCGAGCGCGUACAAAACCAUCAGCUUCGUGGGCAACUCGCUGGGCGGCCUCUACGCGCGCGCGGCGCUCCGCGAGCUGCGCGACGCUGCGAAGGACACGUUCGCCGGUCUGACGCCGGCCGUCUUCGUCACGACGGCGGCGCCGCACCUCGGCGCGCGGCAGACGACAUACGGCCCGCUCGCGCCGCUGCUCCGACUCCUCCCGUCGGGGGUGGCGAUCGCAAAGAGUGCACGAGACGCCAUGCUCCAGACAUCUGCCGUGGCGGACCUCUCCUGUUGCGAGGCGCUCGCGGCGCUCGCGCUGUUUCCGAAGCGCCGCGCCUACGGCUCGGCAGCCGGCGACUUCAUGGUGCCGACCGCUUCGGCAUUAUUUACCGCGGCGUCAAGUGACGAGCUGCGGGCCGCGGGCAUGAGACUGGGGAGUGAAGACGCGCCCGAAAACGGUGCCGCGUACCUCAUCCGUGAACUAGACGGCGUCGACGCGCAGCUGCCGCCGGCGGAAGCGGAGCUGGCAAAAGCUCUCGACAGCGUCGGCUUCGAGCGCGUCAUGAUCGAGUUCGAGAGCCCGGGGCCGCUGGGCACGCCGUUCGCCCACAACAAACUGGUCGCGCUCGAGCGGCGGCCGGGGCCGACGGCCUCGCUGAUCAAAUACCUCGAAUUGACGGCCGACGGUCGCCCUGUCAUGGACGGCCUCGCGCGGUACAUCCUCGAGGAGCUCGCCGCGUUUUAGACGUUUCUGUUUGUUGUACUCUCACUACUAGCAGACGUAGUAGCAAU